ACCAACCUCUCCACCCUUCCCUUUCGCUUCAACUCGCAAGUAAGGUACACACGCGCACUCAUUCCGCACUUUCCUUUCUCGCAAUCCAUCCCGUAUCCUCACAUCGUACCCACCCCCCUUUGUUCCCGCGGACCACCCUCCCCCCUCCCCUGCGCCCUGGUAAGUAAGUAA